AGUCACGUUGAGGGGGCCCGACUGCCUGCCUGACGUCGGCGAAGUAAACCGAAACGGAGCUCCGUCCGAACUGUCAGAACGAGGCCAGACGUGGGUCGAGCUACCCACAAUUGCGCGGGGCCGAGGGGAAUGCUUCAAAAAGGGCCUCGCUUCAUCUCGGGGAUGAGGGAAGGGCUUCCAUUAUUGAAUACGCGCCGCCUGUGACGCAUUUCCGGCCUGGCCGUGGAGGCUGGGGCCUAUGUACAAGUGGAUCUGUGAGACUCUGCGGUCUUGGGUAUCGUCGCCUUCCUCUUGUCACCGGGAUGUGGAGCCUUCUUUACCUCGACCGCGGAAGAGACGGUAUCGCAGUUCCCAAUCCUAUGUAGAAGAGCCUGAUCAGGAGCAAGCAAAAAGACAAAAACUUGAUAUUUUUGGUAUACUAACUCAAGGAAUUGCCAGUCUGAUUAAGCUACCAUCCCAAUUAACAGCUAAAUAUCUUCAAGUUGGAGAUCAAUAUGCUGAAACUACAAAAGAGUUUCUUUCAAAUGCUUCUGAUGCCUUGGCUGACAAGCAGAUGCAACCUAACUGUGGGAUGCAGAUGUGUAACUUUGACAAAAAAGCAAGUUAUGGUACCUGUAUUCAUCCAGAUGUAGCAUCUAACUCUCGUAUUCCUGUGACUUAUAUGAGAGAUGACUUUAGUUUCAAAAACAAUCAUAAGAAAAAUCAUAAUGUGCUUCAAGAGGAUUUGCGGCCAUGGGGACAUAUUACUCGCAGACAUUCAUUAGAAGCUUCUGCUUUAGAGACUGGAAGGUAUCUAAGGAAACCUCAUUAUACUGUUGAAGAGGGAGUUCAAAGACUGGAGCAAGAGAAAUACAGAGAACUACUUAAGCAAGAAAAAGAAAAGAGUCUUAAAAUUCACUCGUCUGGUGCAGUAACAAAAUACCAUGAUGUCCAAGAUUAUGCCACUGGAUCCCUAAAGUUUGAUCUCAUCCCUCCAUCAGAAAUGCCAAGAAAUGGAAUAAAAAACUUUGGUCACUUGGGCUCUAAAAAUGAAAUGAGCAGAUCAAUAAUAACAAAAAGAACAACAGAACAUGAAAAGGUAUUCGAACAGAAAAAAGAGAGGCCUAUGCAGCCUUUGAUGGGAAAUGAUCUAUCAGAAGAAGUAUCGCUUAGAUUAAGCCUGGUCCAGAAAGAAUCAUCAUGCAGAAGACGUUCUCUGGUUGAAAUAAGAGAAACGUAUCUGAGUUUGGAAAAGGCUACAGAGUGCUUCCCUGAGUUUACAAAGGGUAUGGAAAAAGAGGUAGCAAAUGCUCUGAGCUAUGGUCAAGAGGAUGAAAUUUUGACUAGCGCCUUCAAGCUGAAUAUUACGCGAAGAGACAUUCAAACGUUAAGAAACCAACAGUGGCUCAAUGAUGUGGUCAUUAAUUUCUAUAUGAAUCUUUUGGUUGAGAGAAAUAAAAUGCAAAGAUUUCCAGCACUUUAUGCUUUCAGUACUUUCUUCUAUUCCAAGCUAAGUUCUAUGGGUUAUAAUGCAGUAAAAAGAUGGACCAAAGAAGUUGACUUAUUCCAGCAUGACAUAAUCUUGGUGCCUAUUCAUAUCAGACUACACUGGGCAUUGGUGGUUAUAGAUUUGAGGAGAAAAACUAUCAAAUAUUUUGAUUCAAUGGGACAAAAUGGCAUCAGGAUCUGCAGGAGAUUGUUACAAUAUCUGCAAGAGGAAAGUAAAGCAAAGAAAAACCAGGACAUUAAUGUUUCGUCUUGGACACUUCACAGUAUGAAGCCUCAUGAAAUUCCGCAGCAGUUAAAUGGCAGUGAUUGUGGAAUGUUUACUUGCAAAUUUGCAGACUUUGUCUCUAGGGAUAAACCCAUUGCAUUUACCCAGAACCCUGAUGGCAAACCUAUGGCACGCAUGGAAACCUAAAAACCAGGUGACCAGUACAUGCAUGUGCACCAACCAGCUUCUCUUUGGGUUUCUGAUGCUCCGGCACACAUCCUGGUUUGGGCACUCAGUGCCGAAAAGGUUAGCCAUCGCUGAACUAGAGUGAAUGGACAUCAGGGAGGGAUUUCUAAGCUGGGUUAUGCCUUCUGUGAAUGCACUCUCCAAAGGAGCCUUGCUUAGUGCCCAUAUUUUAACAGGCAAAUAAUUUCUUCUAGAUACUUAGCAAUUUAGACACAACAAAUUAUAGACUUGGAGCUUUUACUGGUUUUAUGUCAAACAGCUAUUUUCUGUCUUUUGUACUCUAUAUCCUGGGCUAGUGAUUCUCAUUUUUAAUGUUUAUUUUAUUUUGGCUUUUAUAUGCAUGUACGCAUUUGUUAUUAAGGAAAGUAAAAAUGAAAUGGACAGCACGCUUGCUACAUGGAAGUAUUCAAUUAUGUUAACAGAGUUUCUUUUUUGCAGUUUCACAUGCCUUAUUAUCGAAAAAAAAUGGCAUGGGAGAUUCUUCAUCAGCGGUUGCUAUGAUGCCAGACCGCUGUUAUGGUUCAUGUGCAUAAAACACCAUCCAGUUAUACAAUUGACUUGCACCCAUUUAAAGGCAAAGGUUCAAAAUACUCUAUUGGCUAUGCUCCAUUUCUAGAGAUGCAAGUUAUCCAGAAGAAUAAUAGAAGCUUUUCCUUGAAGCUUUCCUUCCAAGGAGAAAAAAAUAUGGCAGCAGGCAGGAAUUUGGCAGAGUAUUUUAAGUAGUUUGGGGAUGUAUAUGACCUAUGUGGCAUGAAAAAGAAAUAUAUUGCGAUUUUCCAAAGAAUGCCAGAUUGUCUAUGGUUUCAAUGCUGAUUGGAUUCAAACUUAUAUGGCUUAUAAGUAAUGCAAUUGUAAUUGUAGGUGAUUUGUCCCAUUAAUUUUAACUAAUCUACUCAAAUCAAAAUACAAUUUGGACUUGCCCUUUGAUUAUAAGCAAAAAGCAUGCUUUUUGAGCUUUAUUUUUGAAGUUUUAUUGUAUAUUUCUGUUGGGGCAUUUAGUCUGGAAUCUACAACUGUAUUUUACAGGCAGUGAAAGGAGUGUGCUUACUCAUAGUAUGUUCCUGAGUUUAUAUUUUCAUAUAACUGGAUCUUAGUGAUGCUGAAAAAUGGAAAAUUCUGUUUGAUUUGUAACAAAUCCAUUGUAAAAACCCUAGGUGGGAAUUGUUCUUUAUUUAAAAAUUAAAAUGUUGUAUGAGACUAUUUAUUUGCAUUCUUGUAUUGGAUAUGUGUUGGAAUUUCAAGUUAGGUUAACUAAAAUGGAAAUAAACAUCUAGUAAAAAUGA